AUGGGGGGAAAGCAGAAUGAGAACAAGGCUUACGGGAAACCAGCUAAAUAUGACCCCUCCUUCCGAGGCCCCAUCAAAAACAGGGGCUGCACAGAUGUCAUUUGCUGUGUCCUCUUCCUGGUCUUCAUUUUGGGUUACAUCGCGGUGGGACUCAUAGCCUGGGUAUAUGGAGAUCCUCGGCAAGUCCUCUACCCCAAGAACUCCACUGGGGCCUACUGCGGGAUAGGGGAGAACAAAGAUAAACCUUACCUCCUGUACUUCAACAUCUUCAGCUGCAUCCUGAACACCAAUAUCAUCACAGCCAUCCAGAGCAGCCUACAGUGUCCCACGCCACAGGUGUGUGUGUCCUCCUGCCCAGAGGCCCCGUGGGCUGUGGAGAGCUCUCAACACUCGCUGACGGUUGGAGAAGUCUACUAUAAGCAAAACAGAAGCUAUUGUCUGCCAGGGGUGCCCCAGAAUAUGACAGUGAUGGAAAGCCUGCACCAGGAAGUCUGCCCCAGUUUCCUCCUCCCCUCCUCUCCAGCUCUGGGGCGUUGCUUUCCAUCAACUGACACUGACUUUACACUGCCCGAAUUCCAAUGGAUCAAUAACACCACCAUCUCUCAGGGGGUCAGUGGCCUUCUUGACAGCAUCAAUGCCCGCGACAUCACUGUUAAGAUCUUUGAGGAUUUUGCCCGGUCCUGGUAUUGGAUCCUUGUUGCCCUGGCUGUGGCUCUGGUCCUGAGCCUGCUGUUUAUCCUGCUUCUGCGCCUGGUGGCCGGGCCCCUGGUGCUGGUGCUGAUCCUGGGGGUGCUAGCUGUGCUAGCGUAUGGCAUCUACCACUGCUGGGAGCAGUACCAAAUGCUGCGGGACAAGGGUGCCUCCAUCUCCCAGCUGGGCUUCACCACCAAUCUCAGUGCCUACCAGAGCGUACAGGAGACCUGGCUGGCCGCCUUGAUUGUGUUGGCUGUGAUUGAAGGCAUCCUGCUGCUCCUGCUUAUCUUCCUGCGGCAGAGAAUCCGAAUCGCCAUCACCCUCCUGGAGGAGGCCAGCAAAGCUGUGGGACAUAUGAUGUCAACCAUGUUCUACCCGCUGGUCACCUUUGUCCUUCUGGUCAUUUGUAUUGCCUACUGGGCCACGACUGCUCUGUACCUGGCCACAUCUGGGCAACCCCAAUACGUCUACUGGGUGUACAAUGUGACAACACCUGGCUGUGAGAAAGCACCAGUGAACGAAUCAUGCGAUCCCCUGGCCCAGCCCGCGAAUGCCUCGUGCCCUGGGCUGAUGUGCGUCUUCCAGGGCUACUCGUCCACAGGCCUAGUACAGCGUUCUCUCUUCAACCUGCAAAUCUAUGGGGUCCUAGGGCUCUUCUGGACCCUUAACUGGGUACUAGCCCUGGGCCAGUGCGUCCUGGCUGGGGCCUUUGCUUCCUUCUACUGGGCCUUCCACAAGCCCCGGGACAUCCCCACCUUCCCUUUGAGCUCUGCCUUCAUCCGUACACUCCGUUACCACACAGGGUCACUGGCAUUUGGAUCCCUCAUCCUGACCCUUGUGCAGAUAGCCCGGAUCAUCCUGGAGUACAUUGACCACAAGCUGAGAGGAGCCCAAAACUCUGUGGCCCGCUGCAUCAUGUGUUGCUUCAAGUGCUGCCUCUGGUGUCUGGAAAAGUUCAUCAAGUUCCUGAACCGCAACGCAUAUAUCAUGAUCGCCAUCUAUGGGAAGAAUUUCUGUGUCUCAGCCAAAAAUGCCUUCAUGCUGCUCAUGAGGAACGUUAUCAGGGUAGUUGUCCUGGAUAAAGUCACAGAUUUGCUGCUGUUCUUUGGCAAGCUGCUGGUGGUUGGAGGUGUUGGUGUCCUGUCCUUCUUUUUUUUCUCUGGUCGAAUCCAGGGAUUGGAAAAAGACUUUAAGAACCCCCAGCUCAACUAUUACUGGCUACCUAUCAUGACCUCCAUCGUGGGAGCCUAUGUCAUUGCCAGUGGCUUCUUCAGCGUUUUCAGCAUGUGUGUGGACACACUGUUCCUCUGCUUCUUGGAAGACCUGGAGCGCAACGACGGCUCCGUGGACCGGCCUUAUUACAUGCCCACCUCUCUUCUGAAGAUUCUGGGCAAGAAGAACGAAGCGCUCCCGGGGAACAAGAAGAGGAAAAAGUGACCCCGAACUGCACUCCGCCUGUACGCCUAUACGGAUGGCCACCACACUUUGCCUUACAGAUCCCGAUUUUGUAGUAAACAGAUUUUAUUAAA